CAUGGCAAAUUUUUCCAUAGAGCUAGGCGGGGAGGGCAUAUGGAAUUCCAUUUCACAGCGUCUUGGAUAUUUUGCAAACCCUGGCAGCAAAAUCAGGCUUCUAACCGAGGCCGUACGGGAACUGGUGGCCAUCAAGAAUGAUGUAAGUAACCGUGUGUCCCCGAACGAGCUACAGGGUGAAACGCGCAAGGAGCAGGUAAAGCUGUGGCUUGACGGCGUAACCGCCAUCGAAGUAGCCGUACUUAGAAUAGUACAAGACUACGAACAGAGGAGGCGUCUUGGUCGCGGCAGCUUCAUCAAGUUUUGGUCUAUUAACCGGAGGGUUGCCCGCAAGCUGGAAAGGGUGGCGGCUCUAAGAGCACAAAUAAACAACCUUGAGGUGCUUACUGCUAGACUGCCUCCAUGUCCGGUCCAGGAGAUGCCCCACAUGUCGACGUUCCUAGGGAUGGAGUCAAAUCUGGACAAGGUUCUUAGAUAUCUCAAUGAUGACCACGUGGGCAUCAUUGGGAUAUGGGGCAUGGGUGGGGUGGGCAAGACCUCCCUCUUGAAGCGCAUCAACAACAAUUUCCUCCCCCUCCAAGAAAGUUCAGUGCUCGGCGGCCAAAGAAGCGCUAUGUUCGAUCAUGUGAUCUGGGCGACAGUCUUCAAAGAGUAUACAGUGAACAAGCUUCAAAAGGAAAUAGCCAGUAGGCUGGGGAUGCGCCCGUCCGACAAUGAACGCGAACAAGCCACUGCAAUCUUCAACCACCUGAAGGGUAGGAACUUCUUGUUGCUGCUGGACGACCUAUGGCACAAGAUAGAUCUGGAGGCCGUUGGGGUUCCCCUUCCUUCCAAAAGACCCACCGGCCGGAACAAGCAUAAGGUGGUGUUUACCACAAGGAUGGAGCAGGUGUGUGGCUCCAUGGGAGCGCACGAGAAGGUCAAGAUAAGCUGCUUGGAGGAAGACGACGCGUGGCAGUUGUUCGGGGAGAUGGUCGGCCAAGACACACUCGACUCUGAUCCAAGAAUACCGAGGCUCGCAAGCCAAGUGAUCAAGGAGUGUCAUGGAUUGCCUUUGGCUCUCAUAGUCAUCGGGAAGUCCAUGUCGACGAGGUAGACUCCCAAAGAGUGGCAAAAUGCCA